AUGAAUCAACCGCCACCACAACAACCACCUCCCGCUGUUCGUGCUCGUUGCGCCGGUUGCCGGACCUACUUUCACGCGGCGCAAGGUGUGACGGAGUUACCAUGUCCGAAAUGUCAAAUGCCGCAUGUAUUCUCCAUCGAUCCAUCCGCUGCUCGGAUUCGAUGUCCCGCUUGUAAAGCUCUGGUUAAAGGACCUAGUGACCUCUCGAAGUUUCCGUGUCCUCAGUGUCGAGUUGAGCUCGAUUUUCUUGUUGAUGGUGAAGAUGUUAACGAGCUACUUAAUGAAGUGGAGCAGGAUGAAGAUGAUGGUGGUAUGGCUGGAGAAACUUUUACAGAUUAUCGACCAGCAAAGAUAUCUAUCGGACCUCCACACCCGGAUCCAAUUGUAGAGACAUCUUCCUUGUCUGCUGUGCAGCCACCUGAGCCUACUUAUGAUCCAAAGAUUAAGGAUGAUUUGGAAUGUUCAAAGACUUUGUCAUGCUUGCAGAUUGAGACUUUGGUUUAUGCUUGUCAGAGACACCUUCAACACGUUCCUAAUGGUGCUAGGGCAGGGUUCUUUAUUGGAGAUGGAGCUGGGGUAGGUAAAGGUCGAACAGUUGCUGGGUUAAUUUGGGAGAACUGGCACCAUGGGAGGAGAAAAGCCUUAUGGAUUUCUGUUGGCUCAGACUUGAAGUUUGAUGCCAGGAGAGAUUUGGAUGAUAUGGGAGCAAGUUGCAUUGAAGUGCAUGCUUUGAAUAAACUGCCUUAUUCUAAGCUUGAUUCAAAGUCUGUUGGAGUUAGGGAGGGAGUUAUUUUCUCGACAUACAGUAGCCUCAUAGCGUCAUCUGACAGAGGUCGUACUCGUAUCCAACAGCUUGUGCAAUGGUGUGGACCAGGGUUUGACGGUCUUAUAAUUUUUGAUGAGUGUCAUAAAGCAAAAAAUUUGGUUCCCGAAACUGGUAAGAAGCCAACAAGAACUGGUGAAGUAGUACUUGAUAUCCAGGCUCGACUACCUGAAGCUCGUGUUGUUUAUUGCUCAGCUACUGGUGCAUCUGAACCUCGCAAUAUGGCUUAUAUGGUUCGCCUUGGCCUUUGGGGAGGUGGGACUUAUUUCCGUGAUUUUGGGGAAUUUCUAGGUGCUCUUGAAAAAGGGGGGGUUGGAGCUCUAGAAUUAGUUGCAAUGGACAUGAAAGCGAGGGGGAUGUAUUUAUGUCGUACGCUUAGCUACAAGGGUGCUGAGUUUGAAAUUAUUGACGCACCAUUAGAAGAUAGAAUGUUGGACGUGUAUAAAAAAGCUACAGAAGUUUGGGUGGAUUUGCGUGAAAAGUUGCUGUCUGCCAUUGCCUUACUACCUGAGAAACCUAAUACUAGGCAACUAUGGAGACUUUACUGGGCAAGCCACCAGCACUUCUUCAGACACUUGUGUAUGUCUGCUAAAGUCCCUACUGCAGUGAGAUUGGUGAAACAAGCAUUAAUGGAAGACAAGUGUGUAGUCAUAGGUCUGCAGAGUACGGGGGAAGCAAGGACAGAGGAAGCUGUUUCAAAAUUAGGCUAUGAACUUGAUGACUUUAUUUCUGGACCCCGUGAGUUGCUGCUAAAAUAUGUUGAAGAACAUUACCCAUUGCCCAAAAAGCCUGAACUUCCCCCCGACGAUAGUGUAAAGGAGCUUCAAAGGAAGAGGCACUUGGCAGGUUCUGACGUUUCAGGAAAAUCUAGAGUUAGAAAAGUAGCUAAGUGUCAGGCUCCUAGUGAUACUGAAAGUGAUGAAGAAUCUGAAUCUGCCUCUGUUCCUGAAUCUUCUGAUUCUGAUUACGGACCAGAAGGGGAUGAAAGCGCUGCCUCUGGUUUUGAAUCUUCCGACUCUGAUUUUGAGGAGUUUCAGAAAUGUGAAAUUUGCAGUACUGAAGAGGAAAGGGAAAACUUGUUGCAGUGUUCCCAAUGUGGAAAAUACGCUCAUCACUCAUGCGUGGUGCCUCCAAUUGUCGAUUUUGUUCUUGAGGAAUGGGCAUGUCAUUUGUGCAAGGGUAGAAAUGUUGAAUAUUUCCCUUCUGGAACGAACAUAGUUGAACUCCAGAAGAGUUAUGACACCGCCAUGGAGUGCAAGAAAAAAAUAUUAGAGAGGAUUCAUGCUUUGGAUCUUCCAAACAAUCCCUUGGAUGAUAUUAUUGACCAGUUAGGAGGCCAUGAUAAAGUUGCAGAAAUUACAGGAAGGAAAGGAAUGCUUGUGAGGGCCCCUAGUGGAAUGGGUGUUGUUUAUCAAACUCGAAAUUCAAAAGAUGUAACUGCCGAGAUGGUUAACAUGCAUGAAAAAAAGCUCUUUAUGGAAGCUAAGAAGUUAGUUGCUGUCAUCUCUGAAGCUGGAUCAGCUGGUGUUUCGCUGCAGGCAGACAGAAGAGUGAGAAAUCAGAAAAGAAGGGUUCACUUAACUCUCGAACUUCCAUGGAGUGCCGACCGAGCAAUUCAGCAGUUUGGAAGAACUCAUAGAUCAAAUCAAGUCUCAGCACCAGAAUACAGGAUACUAUUUACAAAUCUUGGUGGAGAACGCCGGUUUGCAUCAGCUGUUGCUAAGAGAUUAGAAUCCCUUGGAGCUCUAACUCAGGGGGAUCGCAGGGCUGGACUUUCGUUAAGUGCAUAUAAUUACGACAGUGCUUAUGGGAAGAGGGCUCUGAUGAUUUUGUACAGAGGAAUAAUGGAGCUGGAUCCUCUUCCUGUUGUACCUCCAGGAUGCUUAUCUGACAGACCAGAUACAAUUCAAGGAUUUAUCAAGCAGGCAAAAUCUGCUCUUGUUUCUGUUGGAAUUUUAAGUGAUUCCAUUCUUGGAGAUGAUAUUGACCCUCGGUGGGUAUCUUGCCACAUUAAUGAUAAAGAUAUACAUGAUAUUGGACGAUUUCUAAACCGGCUUUUGGGAAUAGCUCCUGAGACUCAGAAUAGGCUAUUUGAGUUAUUUGUGAAUAUCUUGGAUCUUCUUGUUCAAAAUGCUCGCAUCGAUGGUAACCUUGACACAGGCAUUAUUGACUUGAAAGCUAAUGUAAUUGAACUGCAAGGGACUCCAAAGACAGUCUAUGUUGAUCAAAUGAGUGGGGCUUCAACUGUUCUGUUCACAUUCAUUUUGGAUCGCGGUGUUUCGUGGGAGUUGGCAAAUACCAUGCUGAAUGAGAAGCAGAAGGCUGGAUUUGGUUCAUCCGGUGAUGGCUUCUACAAGUCCAGGAGGGAGUGGUUGGGAAAACGCCAUUUUAUUUUAGCAUUUGAAAGUUCUGCUCCGGCUAUGUAUAAGAUAGUUCGUCCCCCUGUCGGAGAAUCACCUCGGGAUAUGCAUCUGGCAGAGUUAACUAGAAAAUAUUCAAAAGUUUCAUCUAUAGAGGAGGCUCAAAAAGGCUGGGAACGCGAAUAUAAAGUUUCAUCUAAGCAGUGCAUGCAUGGUCCCAAUUGUAAACUUGGUAAAAUCUGUUCAGUUGGCUUAAGACUACAGGAAGUAAAUGUCUUAGGUGGCGUUAUUCUUCCUGUUUGGGGAAACAUACAAAUGGCUCUCUCUAAGCAGGCCCGGCAAAUACAUAAAAGGCUCCGAAUUGUUCGUGUUGAAACUACAUCAGAUAACAGACAUAUAGUUGGGCUUCUUGUCCCUAAUGCAGCUGUUAAAACUGUCCUUCAUGGUUUAACUUGGGUUAUAGAACUGGAUGAUUGA